GAAAAAAUUUUUUUAACAAACUGACGUGACUUCCGUGCCGCUUCGCCGGGAAAACGGAAAAAUUAAAUUAAAAAUUUGCAACGAAGGCGUUGUGUCGCGGCUAAAUUAGCAGGAAAAUCGGGGAAAAUUAAUGGUGAAUCGGCAGUUGACUUUUCCGUUAAUCGAAGAAGAAAAUGCGUGCGCCCGUGUGCGUGUGUGUGCGUGUGCAAAAAUCAAUAUAAGGAAGAGAAAAAGCACACGAUGAAAACAUAAAAACAAAAGCAUCAUAAGCAGAAAGCAGAAAGCAGAAGGCGAGGAAACGAAACAAGCGGAAAAGAAACAGUUAUUCCAGCCAUGUCGCUGCAAACGAAGCGCCAGCACUGCUAUCUGUGCGACCUGCCCCGCAUGCCCUGGGCCAUGAUCAGCGACUUCUCGGAGGCGGUAUGCCGCGGCUGCGUCAACUACGAGGGCGCCGAUCGCAUCGAGGCGGUGCUGGACGCCGCCCGCCAAAUGAAGCGCCUGCAUCCCGCCAGCAAGCGUGCCCACGAGAACGGUGAGGUCUCCUCCGUAGCGGCCGCCGCCGCUGCCGUGGUCCUGCAGCAGCAACAGCAGCAGCAGCAGCAACAACAGUUACAAGUUGGACCCGUGCCGGGUCCAGGUCCGGGCUCCCAUCGCGGUGCACCGCCCGUCCCUGGGCCGGGUCCCUCUGGCGCCGGCGGCCCCCUGUCCCUUGGCUCGGCCGUGGCCGCCGCCGCCGCUGCCGCCCACCAUCAUCAUCAGGCCGCCGUUGCGGCCGCCUAUCAGAUGCCCGUACCGCGCAUUGGUCCGCCAUUGGAUUAUCCCGUCAAGCUGGAGGAUGCACCCGGCGGCGGUGUGCGGCCCGUCCGCAUCUCACACAUGACACCCCACCAUUUGCCGCCAAAUGCGGCGCGACAGCCUUCUGGAGGCGCCGGCGGCGGCGGAGGAGUACCGCCGUCCAGUGGAGGCAGCAAUCUACCGCCCGCUCUAUCCGUCAACCUGAAGCGCCCGCCCAGCGAGGACGUCGACGUGGAUGUGGCCCAGCAGCAGGCGCAGCAUGGCCUGGCGCCGGACGGCACGACAUCGCUAUCGGCUGUCCAGGGUGGCGCCGGUGGCGGUCCGCCGGGGGUCAAGCGUAGCGCCAUGGAUGAUCCCGCCGGAGGUGGAGGUCGGCCGCCGCUAACACGCGGCGAAUCCCUGCCGGCGGCGGUCAGCUAUGUGCCGGAGCGACAGCUGGGCGGCCUGCGGGACAAGCAGCAGCCGGUGCGGGCGCCCAGUUUCGAUGCCUCGACCUUCAAAGCAGAGCACAUGUCCCCGGCCAGUCGACGCAAUGGAUCGAGUCCGCCCUCGGGACCGCUACCACCGCGCAGUGUACACUCGCCGAACAGUUCGGGCUCCUCGUCGGGACGUCGCUCAUCCGGCUCCCGUCACGUGUCCAGCACCACAGUUACCAGCUCUGAGGUUGGUGGCUCAAAUCCCGGCCAAGCAGUGGUGGCCAGCGGUCUUGGCGGCGGUGGUGGAGGUGGAGGAGGCGGUGGCGCCGCUGGAGCAGUUUCCGCUGGAUCAUUGGGCGGACCGACAGGCGGGGGCAGCGGACAAUUGAGUAGCUGUACCAGUGGCGGACCAGGUGGCAGUGCCGGCUCUGGAAGUGCCGGAGGAAAUGGUGCCGUAGGUGGUCCCGGUUCGAUGGCGCAAAAUGCGGUGACGGGCGAUGGAAGUCCGGCCGGCAGUGGUCCAUCCGGUAGCAAUGGCAGCGGUGGAUCCGUAAAUCCCGGUCCGGGAAGCAGUGGCAGUCAGGGCGGUGGUGGCACAUCCUUGGCCACUGGCGGUUCAGCGGGUGGUGGCAGCAGUCUUGGCGGAGCACCAGGCAGCAGUGCCGCAUCCAAUUCAGCAGCGGCAGCGGCGGCAGCAGCCGCCCAAAAUGCCACGCUCAAGUGCACCCUGUGCCAGGAGCGUCUCGAGGAUACGCACUUUGUGCAGUGCCCCUCGGUGAAUCAUCACAAGUUCUGUUUCCCCUGCAGCCGUGAGAGCAUCAAGCGACAGAAUGGUCUUGGCAACGAGGUGUAUUGUCCCAGUGGCGAUCGAUGUCCAUUGGCCAAUUCAACGAUACCGUGGGCCUUUAUGCAGGGCGAGAUCACCACAAUUCUGGGCGAGGAGGUCAAGGUGAAGAAGGAGCGCGAAUCUUAAUGUCCAUUUUACUGUAAGAAGCUGCGCAGAGCUUUGGAGCACUUUUGAGUGGAUGAAGCCCUGGGAAAUUGGGACACUACGAACUGCGUAAUGCUGUUGGGUCUCCAAAUCCAAUCACGGCGCAUCCUCCUCAACUCUCUCUUGGUUGGAUAAUCGGCAUAUUUUUGGGAUUUUGCGGAUGGAUUUGAUGAUAACAAGACAACAUUGGAAGGCAUUGAUUGGGAGGAGAAGCAACCGAUUUUUAUUGUGGCCACGGCAUCAUUGGCGAGCGGAGACAACCUUUUGUGCUCUGCAUUUUGUCCACGACGACCGACCAAACAACAACAACAACAAAAGCAACAGCAAAACAACAAUUUUGUAGGC